AUGGCAGGGCUGAGGAACUCGCCAGGCAGAGCUCCGAAGCAAGACAGCUGGAAAAGCGUGCCACUGACAGUGCUGCCAAAGGGCGCAGUCUACUCAUUUCCCUUUGUAGUUGGCCUGGAUACUUAUCCAUUCAGCUAUGGGCAGAACGUGGCUUCACGCUCAGAAGUGCGGCAUCAGCAAGAGACAAGGGCAAAGGCUUCCGAGGCAUACACCAAGCCAAAAGCGAGGCACACUAUACAAGAAGCGGAACAGAAGCUCGUGCAAGCAGGAAUAUCAGGCACCACUGCUAUACUUUGGAAUAAUUCUACUUAUUCUGCAGACUCAGGGCCCUCAAAGGUUCGGAAGAGAAGACAGAAGCUGACUGAUGAUUUGCUGCAUGACUUAAUUGUCACGUGUGGCGACCCAAUGGAAGUUGUUCAUCAUUGGUUUCGGAUAUUCAAACACUAUUCAGAUCCUCCGGAUGAAAUUGCGCUUCCAUCAUUGCCAGAGCGGCGUGAGGACAUCCCAAUUGGGGUUCCAGAGGCAUUGUCCAGAUCCCGAGUGAGCAGCAAGAAGUCGGUGAAGCGGUUGCCCAGGGCCUACUCUGCCCCUCGGCUGUCUCAGCGACCGGAGAUAGUCAGAGUGCCCCGCAGGGCCUGCAAGGACGACAAAGAGACAGAAGAAAGCCGCAACGAGCUGCAAAAAACUCGUUCUCUUUUGAAAGAUUCUGGUUUGGCAGGGUUUUCCGCUGGCCAGCUGGAUCUUGCUGACCGCCUCAAGGUGCAAACAUUCACUGCAGACUCCUUCGCCGCCUGGAUGGAGAGCUUUUCGUUUGUUUUGGAUAUGCAAAAGAAACAGACCAAGAAGGAAGGCCACAGAGACAUACCAGUCCCCGUGCGCAAGCGACCCAUUAAACGGCCAACGCAUGGGGAGUCGCAGGACGUCACGAAGCGCUACUUGUCAAAAAUCAACCAGAAGAUGUCUGGGUUUUGGGAUGUUUUUACAGAAGAGGUUAAAGAAGCGUCCAGUAGUGCAACAAGUUCUGAUGAGGAUGGGGAGCAAGAGCAGCCAACUGUGAGCUUGGGCGAAAUUAAUGCCACACAAGUCAUGCUGCAGAGUAGCAGUCUGGCAAUGCUGAACUCGAGCAUUGUGCGGAAGUCCAAAGAAAAGGCCAGUGAACGAGCCAAGCCAAGCUAUGAGGAGGUCGCCAAGACUCGAGCUCAAAUCCUGAGCACAGUGGUCCCAGCUCAGAUGUCCCUGAAAAACCUGAGCUCGCUUUUGGCCCUUUUCGGCGUGCAUCGGAAAGAGACCGUGGAGCGUAUGGCAAAGCACCUCUUUGUUUCGGUGCCUCGAUCGCGAAAGCGAUCAGAGGACCCGAGCGAGGAAGAUCCUGCGGAGGAGUCACGAUGGCAGGAUGAAAAACUUCCCUUCGAGGUGUUUUACUGGUUUAUGCGCGCUUUGGAGAGAGGCGAUUGCAGUGCUUCAGACAGUGGACAUGCUGGCUUACAAAGAUCCUUUCUGUCCUCCGAGCUGCUGUGCAGACUGGCUUUCUGCGCCAUCACUGAUCACGAAGGGGUGAACCAUUCUGCUGGAUCUGCAGCUCGAUUUAGGGAUGAUGCGUCAACAAAGCUUCUAUCAUAUUCGAGUUUGGGACAGUCUUUGCGGUUUAUGCUUCACGAGCAGAGCGAGCCUCAUCUUGAAACUCAACUGCAAGGAUUGACCGAGUUCCUGCUGGCUGCUCUGAAUCGUGGCGAGGCCAGCUUGAAGACGGGGGAGGACUCCAGCGGCAUCAGCUUCAAUGGCUUUCAAAACUUUGUGCGCCAGCAACCACAAGUCUACCUGUGCCUGAUUCACUUGCUGCUGCCGCUGGCCACUAGAGGGCCACGACUCGCAGCGGAGGAGAUGCACUUGGUCCAAAAGGGUCUCUCCCAUCGAGCUGGUGAGCUACGGGCAAAGGCGCUUGGAAUGGCAAGGCAGCAGCAGAGGAGGCAACUUGCUCAGCUUCUCGCCAUUGUCCAGCCGUGGCUGGAGGUGCGGGGCCGGACAAGGUUUGAGAUGCCAUAG